AAUGAGGCGAAUGUCUCCGCUGACAACGACUGCGUCUGGUUUGGCGUCACGACGCUAAGAGCUGAAUUUCGUAGUCAGUGAACUCGCUCACGAGACACCGCGUGCUUCAGCCGAAUUUUAAUUUUCUUUAUGGAUUUCUUUAUAUUUAGGUUAAAAGUGUCUGAUCGACUGUGAUUUGUGCUCGACGGGGGAAAGAUUAAAAAAGAUGCAAAUUUUGAGUAAAUUGUAGGAUCAGUUUGAGGCGGGAUAAUGUUUGAGGAAUGCUUCGGAGAUGGACCGUUCGUAUUUAGGAUAAACGAGAGCGGUGCAGGACCACAACUCCUAGCACAGGUCUGUUUGGAACGAGGUUGGAGGGAGUUUAAUCCAGAAAGUGGGGAGCAAUGGAAUCUUUGGUGGAGAACUUCGGGCUUCCCAGUUAGCCAUCACAGGAAUUUAUAUGCGUGGCAGUAUAUUAACCACAUACCGAAAGGAUCAGCAAUAUGCAGAAAGGACAACUUGGUCCGCUAUCUGAGGUGCAUGCGAAAAGUUUAUGGCUCAAUUUACGACUUUAGUCCUCACGGUUACAAUCUUCCCCUCGAAUACACAAAAUUGGCAGCAGAAUGCAGUAGAGGCGGUCGAUUACUUUCGGGAAAAAAUGACGUCAGUAACGACAGAGUCAUGGAGGACAAACCAAUCUGGAUUUGCAAACCUGUUGCUCAGAGUCAAGGGCGGGGGAUUUUUCUAUUUAGGAAACUGAGUGAAUUAAGCUAUGAUUCGAACACGAUUGUUCAGAGGUACAUAGAGAAGCCGCUUUUGAUAGGAGGUUACAAAUUUGAUCUGAGGCUCUAUGUCUGCAUACCGUCUUAUCAUCCUGUGACAAUAUACAUGUACAGGGAAGGUCUGGCCCGUUUUGGUACAGAUAAGUUCAGCUUAAAUGACUUGAGAAAUCCAUUUCGUCAUCUGACUAAUUCGUCGAUUAAUAAACUUGGACCGGGAUAUACGGAGAUGAAGGACAGGAUUGGAUCAGGUUGCAAAUGGACGCUAAGACAAUUAAGAAGAUACUUCCAACAAGCAGGAAUUUCCGACUGGCUGUUAUGGCAACGAAUUUCGUCUUUAGUUAUUUUGACUGUACUAAGUCAUGUUAAUCAAAUACCGCCAACAGUAAACUGUUUUGAAUUUUUUGGAUUCGAUGUCUUGAUUGACAGUUCUUUAAGACCGUGGUUGCUGGAGGUUAACUUGAGUCCGGCCCUUAGCAACGACUGCGAUGCUGAUAGAUCAGUGAAAAAACCUAUGCUACAUGAUAUGUUCGAUCUGUUAGGACUACCUCUGUACAACACGGGACUUGCGGUUUUUGAUAUUUGGUUAGAUGACUCCAGCGAGAAUAACAACGAGGAAGAUAAAGACAGAACCAAAAGUGCCGCCUUUAAGAACACAUUGUCAGUUUUGAACGCAGCAGGAAGAUGGCGCAGGAAACACCGAAAAAUGUCAGCCAAACAAAUCAGCUCAAGGUCCAACUCUGCUGUUCGCGCCAAAGUACGAACAGUUUCAGCUAACACUCCAAAAAUUGUCAACUUGCCAAAAGUAAACUUACACAUGCCAAAAGCCAAGCCAAACUACGAUGUAAACAAAAACUUUGACGACGACGUUAAGAAAAUAAACUCUAGGAAAUGGGGAAACGGUCGCGACUGGAACUUUGCACCAAGUAGUGAAGGUGGUUGGAUUCGCCUUUGGCCCGUGUCUGUAGAACCACUAAACAGAAACUCGAACGGUCUCAGUGUGAAACAGAUGGUGUCAAAAAUCAUCAAGUUUACCAAGAGUGCGAAAGAUUUAGCUAAAAAUCAUCCCACUGCCUCCGAGUGUCAACUAAACGAAUUUUUGCAACAGGAAAUGGAUAUGUCGGGGGAGAUUUGGAUACCUCCGGUUUAAGAUUUUUCUUGCAAAUGUUUUUGCUACUGCUGCUGGAACUGAGUUGUAGCAAUGCCAAAAAAAGUGAUUAUUAGUUGCGUUGACUUUGCUCGAUUGUCUUCAUCGAUUUCUCUUCGUCUAUAAUUCGUUAUGGCAUUUUGAUCGUCUCUGUAGUUUCGUCACUGCCUUGAAAAAUUUCUCGAUAUUUAAAAUAAACG